AAAGAAAAGAAAACCAGAAGAAAAGAAAAGUAAAAUCUGGAAUGGGGAUAUGACUUUUCUCCUCAAGGAACAGUGAACACUCCCAUUUUGUUAACUCUCUCCUUUGCCUUGAAAACACAAACAAAAAGCCUCGGAUUCUCUAUUUUCUCUUCACCCAUUGCACCUCCCACUCCACACCUACAAAAAUUCUCUACCCUCUAGGGCUUUGCUUCAAUGGCGAUUCCUCUUACGGCAGUUGUACUACUGACGGUGACGGCGUUGAUGUUCUCCGUUGAGCUCGCCGCCGGCAAUACAUUCUCGACGAGGUUGGUUCACGGGUUCUCAGAUGAAGCGAUGUCGUUUUGGGCAUCUAAAGGGAAGACUGUGACGUGGCCGAAGCGCGAGAGUGUGGAGCAUAUGAGGUUGCUACUUAGUAAUGAUUUGAAGCGACAGAGACUGAAGCUUGGUUCGCAGAAGCAGCUCUUGUUUCCGUCUGAAGGAAGCGAAACUCAUUUCUAUGGCAAUGAAUUGAGCUGGCUGCAUUAUGUGUGGAUUGACAUAGGGACACCAAAUGCUUCAUUUCUUGUCGCCUUGGAUGCUGGAAGCGAUCUGCUCUGGCUCCCUUGCGAUUGUGUACAAUGCGCUCCAUUGUCUUCAAGCUACUACUCAAUGUUGGAUAAAGAUCUGAAUGAGUAUAGCCCAGCACGAUCAAGCACUAGCAAACAUCUAUCUUGCAGCCAUCAAUUAUGUGAACUGGGUCCUAACUGCCAGAGUCCAAAAGAACGUUGCCCUUAUACUGUUAAUUACUAUUCUGCAAAUACAUCAAGUUCGGGUUUUCUUUUUGAGGACCAAUUGCAUUUGACUUCAGUUGGUGGAUAUGAACAUCAAGGUUCUGUGCGAGCUCCUAUUGUUAUAGGCUGUGGUAGCAAACAAAGUGGCAAUUAUUUGACUGGAGCUGCUCCAGAUGGGGUGAUGGGGUUAGGGCCAGGAGAAAUUUCUGUCCCAAGUUUGCUGGCGAAGUCUGGAUUUGUUCCACGUUCAUUCUCAUUGUGUUUUGGAAAGAGCAAUUCUGGCACAAUUUUCUUUGGUGAUAAAGGGCCCGAAAAUCAAAGACGAAGUUCAUUUGUAUCUUUGGAUGGGAAUUACAAUACCUAUGUGGUUGAAGUUCAACGUUAUUGUGUUGGGGGUACCUGUCCAAAGCUAAGUGGAUUUCAAGCCUUAGUUGAUAGUGGGUCGUCCUUCACUUUUCUGCCUUCUGAAAUCUUUACAAAAGUAGUAACUGAGUUUGAAGAGCAAAUGAACGCUACAAGGUUAGCUACAGAAGAUUUUCCCUAUUGCUAUAAGGCUAGUUCACAAGGUUUACCAAACAUACCUAGCAUGAAACUUUUGCUAGCUGCUAAUCAGAGCUUUGUAAUUCAGAACCCUAUGUUUGCCAUCUCCAGUGGUCAGGGUGAUAACUUUUAUUGUGUGGGUCUCGUACCUAUUGAAGGAAUGAUUGGUAUUAUUGGACAAAAUUUUAUGGAGGGAUAUCGAAUGGUGUUUGAUUGGGAAAACAUGAAGUUGGGUUGGUCUCGCUCCAAGUGUCAAGACAUAGGCAGCACUGCAAAGUUAUCACCAACAUCACCUCCAAGUGGUUUGACAUCAAAUCCGUUGCCAACAACUGAGCAACAAAGAAACCCGGGUGGACAUGCAGUUGCACCCGCCAUUGCUGAAUCAUGCGGGAUAAGUUCGGACGAUAAUCAAGCUCUGCGUGUGGAUACUUUCAUGUCCAAGUGUAAUACUUCUGGGCUUGCAUUUGCUCUCUGAGUAGUGCAUGAUCGGAGUGGAAAUUUCAUUUUAGUUAGAAUUCUUAGAGGCUAUUCUACCCUAAAUCCUGGGUUAUGCCUAUAUGAAGGGCACUAUAUUUAUUUAAAGAGGCAUUUUGAAUAUUCUGCAAAUUCAUGAAAUAUUCACAAAAAUCAUUGGAGAUCAAAUAAAUCUCUGAGGUCCAUAACAUUCUAGUUCUAGAAAUACGACACUAUGACUCUCGAAUCACGGAAAAAUCUUAAGAGAGAAGAAAUCAAGGGAGGAAUAUAAUUGUACUCUAUUAUUUUAUCAAUAAUAUUCUUAUUUUUUCAUAUUU